AUGGCUUACCGAGCGAAAGCCUAUGCUUCAGACGAAGUGGAAGGGUCCUUCACUAUGCAAUAUAAUAGAAUUUAUUAUUAUGCUCAUGAGCUAUUAGCAAGAAACCCAGGGUCCACAAUCAAGGUCAAAGUUGAGGAAAAUGAUGGAAAGCCAAUAUUCAAGAGGUUCUACGCAUGCCUCAAGGAAUGCAAAGAUAGCUUUGUCUCAUGCAGGCCAAUCAUUGGCCUUGAUGAAGCCUUUUUGAAAGGCAAACAUCGUGGUGAGUUGUUAACUGCUAUUGCUCGAGAUCCAAAUGAUCAAAUUUUGCCACUUGCAUAUGCCAUUGUAGAGGUCGAGAACAAGGAGACUUCGACAUGGUUUAUGGAGCUACUCAUUGAAGACGUAGGUGGACCUAAGAUGUGUUCUUCACUUACAUUGAUAUCAAAUCAACAUAAGGACUGUUACCAAUUGUACAAGAUCUACUUCCUGGAGUUGCACACAAAUUUUUUGUAAGGCAUUUAUAUGCAAACUUCAGGAAGAAAUUCCCUGGAAAGAAUCUUAAGAACCUUAUAUGGAGGGCAGCUACAACAACUCACCCAUAGAAAGGGGAGAAGGAGAUAAGAAGUAUAAAAGAGGUCAACCAAGACGUCUUUUGCCACUUGAUAGUUAUUCCUUUGUAGUAGUUCACUUUAGUUUUCUUUUACUUUUUGAUAAAUUUAUAUAAUGAUUGUAUGUCUUACAUCUUCAAUGAAGGUAUUGGUUAAGAUCAAGGUUCACAAGCACAACUCAAUGUGAUACCUUGGUUAAUA